AUGGACAUAACAGAGGUGACGGUGGUGCACCACGUCGCGCUGGUGCUGGCCGCGCUCUGGGCCGCCGGGAACGCCGGGUGGGCGCACCCGGCGCUCUUCCUCCUCGCCCUCGUCUACAUCUUCGCGGUAAAUGCACGGUACACGAUGAGACUGAAGAAGCGAUUACAGUUUGAGGAAAAGAAAAGUGCCAACCAAAGAAGGCUCCUCUCUGAUGCAGAGACAGUGCGGUGGCUAAAUUAUGCUGUUGAGAAGAUGUGGCCAGUUUGCAUGGAAAGGGUUGCAUCCCAGCAGUUCCUUUUGCCCAUAUUCCCCUGGUUCAUAAGCAAGUUCAAACCAUGGACCGCAAGGAAAGCUGAGAUCCAAAGCCUUUACUUGGGUCGGAAUCCGCCGAUGUUUACAGAUAUCAGGGUCGUCAGUCAAUCAACUGAUGAUGACCAUCUGGUUCUGGAGCUAGGAAUGAACUUCCUUGCUGCAGAUGAUAUGGAUGCAAGGAUGGCUGUACAACUAAGGAAGAGAUUAGGGUUUGGUAUUACAGCAAACAUGCAUAUAACUGGCAUGCAUAUUGAAGGCAAGGUCCUUGUUGGUGUGAGGUUUCUUCAACAGUGGCCCUUUAUUGGGCGUGUACGAGUGUGCUUUGUUGAGCCUCCAUACUUCCAGAUGACAGUGAAGCCGCUAUUUAGUCAUGGGCUUGACGUGACUGAACUUCCAGGAAUUUCUGGAUGGCUUGACAGAAUGUUGGAUGUUGCCUUUGGACAGACCCUUGUUGAGCCUAACAUGCUAGUUAUUGAUAUGGAGAAGUUUGCCUCAGAGUCGGAAUCUACAGAUAAUUGGUUUACUGUUGAUGAGAAGCCACCUAUUGCGCAUGCCAAGGUAGAGAUCAUGGAGGGGGCUGAUAUGAAACCUUCUGAUCCAAAUGGUUUAUCGGACCCGUAUGUGAAAGGCCAGCUUGGACCAUACCGUUUCCAGACAAAGAUCCAUAAGAAAACUCUCAACCCCAAAUGGCUGGAGCAGUUCAAGAUACCAAUUACUUCAUGGGAAUCAUCCAAUCUUCUUUCUCUUCAAGUUCGAGACAAGGACCAUAUCUUUGAUGACCCACUUGGCAAUUGUUCAAUCAGUAUCAAUAAACUGAGAGGAGGACAAAGACACGAUAUGUGGAUUCCACUAAAGCAUAUAAAGACAGGGAGGGUUCAUAUAGCUGUCACGGUACUUGAAGAUGAAAAUGGAAAGGUACCUAGUGACGAAGAUGAACUGUGUGGAACACCCAAGGAGGGGAAAGCUGGCACACCAGGGUCUAGUUUUUCUUCGAAGACCAACACCGAGAGUGCAUCUUCUGCAGGAUACCGGAAUAUGACUGAUGAAUAUGAACCUGUGGACAUCAAAGGACUGGAAAAGGCUGGAGUCUGGGUACACCGGCCAGGCAGCGAUGUCGCUGCUACCUGGGAACCUCGGAAGGGGCGAGCGCGGUGCCAGGACUCCCAAAUACUACGGGAAAACGAUGGCUGCAGCGAUAGCCCCAGGUCAUCGGUGUCAGAAUCUCAGACAAGCAACUCCAGCACCGAAGAACCAGCCAGCGGCAACAAAUCGCAUCGCCACCUUCGCAAGGUGAAGAAGGGUUUGGUGAAACUGGCUGGAGCUAUGCGCCACAACAAGAACUCCAAGAACGUGAGCGAUGACGAAGAAACCUCUCCGUGCGAAACGCCGCACCCCAACAUACGGCCUGUCGGAGAAAGCAGGGUGUCGGUAACGUAUGUCGUCGACGAAGACGCGGGGAGCAGCAGCAUGGAGCGGAGGUCAGAUGACGCGCACUCCAGCCCCGAGAGGGCCGGGGACGAGAGCCCGACAAAGGGACAGCUGAGGAAGAAGGCGGCGCAUAUGGUGAAACAUGCAGGGAAAGCCGCUCAUAACCUGAAGAGCAUGCUCAGCAGGAAGGGCCUUGACAAGGGCAAGGAAGACGAAUGGAGAAACGAGGAGGAAGGCGAUCUCGAUGUGACGAGAGUUGAUUCUUUUCCUGCACGCAGGGGCGCUGUGGGUGAUGCUGCGGAGUCCUUGGCUGACGGCAAGGACAAAGCGCUGUAG